AUGAAGAAGAGGACCAGAAGCCAUGUUUAUCAGUCUUUUAACAAGGACGUCAUUUUGUUGCCCUCACCAACAUGGAACAACACCUGCAAACAGUCCACAAAAAGGAUGUUGUACCAGAAAGGACAUGUCCUGAAUAAUUUUGAAUUUCAAAAGGAUUGGGACUACAACACCACGAUGUCAAAAUUACAGGAGGUUUUCAAGGAUCGCUUGCCAGCAGAUGUGAGGUUAGAUUUCUUGAUGGCUUGCGGUAACAAGUUAGUUGCCCCAAAGGUUUGUGACGGCCAGAAGCUUAAUGGAGAACUCAUCCACAAAGUGUUCAAAUCGAAGACUUUGUACCUUAGGCCAUCAAAAGAAAUCGAGGUAGAAUCUUGUGAUGAAGAUGAUAAGGAUGACAGUGCUGAGUCUGUUAUUGAGAUAACACCUCCAGUAACACACCAAAUGACCACUGAAUUGGCUCCCCCAUCUUUCACUGAGCCUGCUGCCGAACCUGUUCCUGCACAAUCAGAGUCACCUUCUACUUCCUUUUCAAGUUCACCAAUGCCUUCCACUUCAUUUGGAACUACAAGAUCCACUGGGACCACCAGGAAUGAUAAUUACGGCACUUAUCUGUCAGUCAUGACCUCCUUGUCAGACUUUUCAUCUGAUGAUGAAGAGCUUAACCAGGCAAUACUUGCCAGCAUCGAAACACAUCAUGCUGAUAGAAACGUGGAAGUUCCUAUCAAGAAUAUUCUUUUGGACCUGGCCUCAAAAAUGAACCACCAUUCCCAAUGUAGGUUUAACAUAAAUCGCUCAACAGUUCUUGAUGGAGCUGUUCGAGGUUUUACCAGGAUCAACUACAACCCUUCCUACACAAUAUCAGUCAAGUUCUCAGAUGACGCAGUGAAGCAUGAAGAAGCAGUUGACUUAGGGGGACCGCGCAGGGAGUUUUUAAGGCUCCUUAUGGAAUCCUUAAAAGAGAGUUCAAUGUUUGAAGGCCAAAACGAAUCGCAGAAUCUUGCUCUUGAUAGUUCUGCUUUAAGAGAGAACCGAUAUUUUAUUGCGGGACGGGCAAUUGCUGUAAGUUUAGUCCAUGGCGGUCCAGGUCCAGGAUUUCUGUCACCCACGCUAUUCUCUUGUUUAGUUGAUGGCCCAGAGUCAGCAAAACCCACACUGAGUGACCUAGCAGACUCGGAUUUAUAUGAAAAGGUCAAAAAGAUUCAAGAAGCCACAAAUUUGAAGGAGCUGUUAGAGUCUACAGAGCCAUUGAUGGACUAUUUGUCCACCGCUGGAUGUCUUAGGCCUAUGAAAAGUAUUGAAGACCGCAACCUUCUUGUGGAUGAAAUCCUGAUGUUUCAGGUUGUCCACAGGGUGCAUGGAGCAUUUGAAAGAUUCAGAGAUGGAAUGAAGACGCUGGGAGUUUUGGAUGCAAUUCAGCGUCACCCAGACAGCUUUUUACCCAUUCUGUGUCAUCAACCGACUCCUCUCUCUGCAGACAUAAUUGAAGAGCUUUUUGAGUUUCGUCUGUCACAAAAAGGAAGCAACAACAGGGUGCAAGAAGAGGUAGUUGUUCCCUUUUGGCGAGAUUAUCUUCAGGACAUAGAAGAUGAGGAUGGACCAGCCAAAUUGGAUAAGAUUUUGGCUUUCGCAACUGGUGCCACUUGUAUACCACCAAUGGGCUUCACUCCACAGCCUACAAUUGAAUUCCUCCACGUAGAGAGAUCUCAGUCUGCAGUGGUUUCAAGGUUUCCUAUGGCAAACACCUGCAUUAAUUGUCUCAAAUUGCCUUUGCACAAAACAUACAAUGAAUUUAAAAGUUCCAUGAACUUUGCCUUUGCCAACACAUAUGGUUUUGGCAUGGAAUAG